AUGGCAACAAGCAGGCUUGCGCUCGUGGCCGUGAUGGCAGCAGCCGUCCUGCUGGGCACGGCGUCGGCGGCGACCUACAACGUGGGCGAGCCGGGCGGGUCCUGGGACCUGCGCACCAACUACGGCACCUGGGUCUCCUCAAAGAGGUUCCACCCGGGCGACCAGAUCGUGUUCAAGUACUCGCCACAGGCGCACGACGUGGUGGAGGUGAGCAAGGCGGACUACGACUCCUGCUCCAACGCCAACCCCAUUGCCACCCACAACUCCGGCAACGACGCCAUCGCCCUCGCCUCCCCCGGCACCCGCUACUUCAUCUGCGGCUUCUCUGGCCACUGCACCGGAGGCAUGAAGAUCCAGAUCGACGUCGUGCCCAGCGCCAACUCCCUCACCCCCGCCGGUGCUCCCGCCGCCAACUCUCCCCCGCCCACGUCCACGCCCGCUUCCGCCGCUACCAAGGUCACCGGUUUCGGCGCCCUCGCCGCCGUCAUGAUCGCCGCCGGCCUCAUGGCUUAUUAG